AUGAAUUAUUGUAUAAAUUGUUCGGAUGGAUGCAAUAACCAGACUGGCUAUUGUAACGGAAGUUGCCUGUAUGGAUACUAUGGAUCCGAAUGUAAUUCGACAUGUCCAAACAAUUUCUAUGGAGAUCAUUGUGAAAUGAAUUGUCCUUCAAACUGCCGCGAGGGUAAUGGCUGUGACCAACAUACCGGUGAAUGUACUUAUGGCUGUAAUGAUGGGUUUUGGGGGAAGUCAUGUGAGAACAAUUGCAAUGACAGGUGCGAGUCGUCUUGUAAACAAACACAUGGUGGCUGUUGUAGAUGUAGUGACAAUUGUAAGGGCGGACAUUUUAAAUGUGAUAAUACUACUGGCGUUUGUUUAGACGGAUGUGAGUCAGGAUAUUACGGGAAGCACUGUGUAGAUAAAUGCAGUAGUCAUUGUAUUGGGAAUGACACUGUCUGUAAUUCCACAACCGGUAUAUGUCCAUAUGGAUGUGAACCUGAUUGGUAUUAUUCCACAUGCAAAUACGGAUGUUCACUUCUGACGCCACACUGUGCAAAAUGUACACAGUUUAAAAGUAAGCAUAAUAACAAGAAAAACUAUAGUUCGUUACAAACAUUCCAUUAA